AUGCGGACUCUGGCCACGAGCCAGCGGCAGAGGCCGCGGGUGGCGGCGAACGCGUGGCUCCGGACACGAGACUGCGGUGGAACCUCACAGGAAGCCGUAGGUGGCGGCGGCCGCACAGGCUUGGAUCCGGAGACGCAUUACAAGAGGACGUCUCCGCAUCGCCCCUGGAGAUCCCGCCAUCGAGGGCUCACCCUGACUGGACGUGGAGAGGCUUGCCUGAGGGAGAUCCAUGCUUCUAUCCUAAGGAAGCAUUUACAUCGACUGGAGCAUCCUGGUGUUGUUGAACAGGAUGUGGAAUCUGAGAAAGAAGAUGAUAAUAAACUGGAGGAUGAGAUGCAUGAGGAUGAAGAUGAUAAGCGAUAUUCGCCUGAGCCUAUACCUCAACACACAGAAAACCAAUUUGAAGAGGAAGAUGGAUCCUUCUCUCCACAGCUAAUGCAUGGCAAUGAAGAUGAAGAUGCAAUUGAUCCUGAAGAGGACAAAGCUGAGCUGGACCGAAAACGUGAAGCUGUAGUUUUGGAGCAUCAAAGGAAAGUUCAGGAAGCCAUGAAAGCAAAGGCAAGAGUAACUGAUGAAGUAUUUGGUGCCGGUGCUAAAGUGAACCUUGAUUCACAGUUUAAUAUAGGGGUAAUGCCAUAUUUGAGUUCGAUACCAUGGGUGGUAACAAGUUUUACACACAAGAAGCGUGAUUUAGCAACUUUGGUGCAUCCUACCGCAUAUGAACUCAGCUGGUUUCUGAAGGCAUAUGCUUGUUCAAUAUGCUCGCAGGUGUACUGGUGGCAUGACAAGUAUGGACCAAGAAAGCCCAAGUACUUCAAUCGGGUGCACACUGGAUAUGAAUGGAAUAAAUACAACCAGACUCAUUAUGACCAUGAUAACCCACCACCUAAAAUUGUUCAAGGCUACAAGUUCAAUAUAUUUUACCCUGAUCUUGUGGAUAAAUCAAAAGCACCAUCGUACAGCUACAUUGGUGAGUUCGAAUAUGUGGAUGACCACCGUGCGGGGAAGAUUGUGGUGGAACUGAAUGGAAGACUAAACAAAUGUGGUGUUAUUAGCCCUCGCUUUGAUGUUGGCGUAAAGGAGAUCGAAGAAUGGACUGCGAGGCUGCUCCCAUCUCGUCAGCACAGGAUAUUGCCAGAGAUGAAAGAUGGUCACUGCCUGCCUGUCAUUACUUUUGCACUUGUAGAUUUUAAAUAUGAUGGCAACUGCUUUCAGAAAUCUAAGCAUUUGGUGAAGCGUGUUGAUCCAGAAAUGGAUGGAUACCCUCAGGAACAAUCCCAUUUAACAAACAAAUGGUUCAGCUCAAAGUCAUCAAAGAAGAUACAUCUGACUGCUGUUACUUCUGUCAUUGAUGGCUUGAAAAAACUUUAUAUCGAAAAGUUAAAGCCUUUGGAAGUUACAUACAAGUUCAAUGAUUUCGUCUCUCCUUUGCUGGUAGAGAUGGAGUGCAAGGUGAAGCAGUUUACAAUUGGUUGA